AUGAUUCUGUCGAAAGCGUCUUCACUGCGACCAACUCUGGCCAAUGAGUUGGUGUUGCGGUCGGCUAUGCGUUGGAUGUCUGGAGCGGGCGGUCACGCGGGACACCAACCAAACCCGGGUCUGUGGCAGAAGGUGUUCCUCUUGGUGUGCAUCCCUGCCAUCGGUCUGUCGGGUCUGAACACAUACCUCGUGGAGAAGGAACAUCACGAGCACUUCCAUCGCCCGGAGUUCAAGCCAUACGAAUACAUGCGGAUCCGCACGAAGCCCUUCCCGUGGGGUGACGGCCAACGCACUCUCUUCCAUAACCCCAAAGUCAAUCCAUUGCCCGACGGCUGGGAGGAGUUGCCCGAAGACCCCCACAACAAGCAUUAA